UGGAACUCUUGGAAAACGAGCUGAAAAUCAUGAAUGGUUAAAGCGAGCAAUUUUAAGUUGAUAUUUAAUUCAAUGUUACAGCAAGUCCUAAGUUUUGGCACGUUCUGGAUUUUUGAGUCCACUGCCAUUAUCAGUUCACUGCAAGCUGCGAAAGUUGAAAUUUGAAGGUUGAAAGCUUCUGAUAUUCAAUGCCUUCUUGGCUAUGCCAACUGUUUACGAGCUGAACCAUAACGUCAAAUCUACCUAUUCAUGUAGAACAUAAGUACAUCCUAAUAACACAAGAUACCGCACUUUCGUCCACUUUGAGUCCAAUACACUUCUUCGCUUUAGUUCACUUAAGUCUGUCGGUUUUCUACAACACCCCACUUCGCUAGCCUAAGGCCCAGAGAUCAGGCUACAUGCAGACGACGACUCCCAAACCAAAACAAAAACUCCCAGUACUUCUCAACUCAAGCCCAAAAUCAACAUUUCUUCCAGAAACUCAAAAAUGGCCGAGCCAGAACCCUCUAAAUUCGAGAUCCAUGAAGCGGCUCGAGAUGGUAGAACUCAAGUCGUAGAAUCGCUGUUAGCUGCCAAUCCGAAACUAGCUCAGCGAGUUGACGAUGAUGGUCGUUUGCCAUUGCAUUGGGCUGUGUCUUACAACCAUCUCGAUAUUGCAAAGCUGUUAGCUGCAACGAAAGACUUCGAUGCUGAUGUUCAGGACGGCUCAGGAUGGACACCAUUAAUGAUUGCUGUCAGCUUGAAAGAUGGCGAAGAACUCGUUGAUCUGCUGUUGAGAAAAGACGCCGAUGUCAAUGCAAAGAAUUUCACCGGCCAAACAGCACUCCACUUCGUCUCCUCCAAAAAGAACAUCGACCUCGCCCGUCGUCUCUUAGACCACAACCCACCCGCCUCCGCACGCGUCAAAGACAAGCGCGGCCAAUACGCCAUCCACCGCGCCGCAGCCGUCGGCUCAGUCCCCAUCGUCGAGCUUCUACUCAAGAACAAGAGUCCUGUGAACGCGAGCGAUAUUGCCGGCCAGACGCCGCUGCAUCACGCUAUUGCUGAGGGUCAUGGCGACACAGCAGUAGCACUGCUCAAAGCUGGUGCUGAUACUGAUAAGAAAGACAAUGAUGGGUUUCUCGCUUUAGAACUUGCGCCGGACUCGCAAGUCAAGAAGUACAUUCUGAAAGCUGCGGAGAUGGAGGGUAUUGAGCUUGCAUCUUAGUCUGAGCUCCACUCCCUGCCUGUCUUCUAAGAAGCGUUUCUCUUGUUCUGUUCUGGGUUCUCGCAUGGUCUCCGUGCCCAUUUCCCAUUUGAAAUUUGAAAUUUGAUGUUUGCUUCCCUUGUAAUGGGCCCUAAUUUGACUCACUUCAAGUGGAUCAGAUGAUCCCAGGAUUGAUUCGACGUGGAGUUUUUGACACUGAAGCAUGAAAAGAGACAAGGACGGAAGUAUGAUCGUCGAAAGAAUGGAAUGGCACGGAAUGUCGAAAUCCAUUGUAUAUAAUACUGUAAUAUCCCAAAAACCUGCCUGCCAUU